AUGUUCCGACCACUGUUGCUGGUGGGCGUGCUGUUGAUGGUGGUCAUCGUUGUGACGGCGAAGGAUGGUACGGCCGAGCGGAAGCUAAACAUCGAUCCAGCCCUGCGCAAGGCACUGCUGCGUGCCUUGCGCCACCUGAAGGAGCGCCAGGAGGAGGAGAAACAGGAACAGCUGCUGGGCGAUGCGAACACUACGGAGGAAAACUUUGCGACCACCAUCUUGGACGAGUUGCUGGAGGAGAGCACGGUGGCGGAUAGCAACGCACCACGCGCACGUGAUACGUCCGGUGUAGACUACCACACGUUUGUGGCCAAUGCACAGGAGGACGACCGUGACACGAUCGAGGGCGAGGUGGAACAGCGCGACACCGGUGCGGUAACGAUCGGAUCCUCGGAUGCGAACGAAAUCAUCAAGACUAUUAUUAUCGCGAAACCGAAGGUAACGCUCACUGCGCCGAAGCUGGAGUCCGAGAAUGAGAUCGUACCGCUGGUAGAGGCCAGUACGACAGAAGUCCCGCUGCCGGUCACUGGCAGCAGCACGCAGCAACCUCCGGUGUCCACGACGACGGGCAUUCCCGUACCAACCACGCCCGCUCCGACGCACAACGAGGAUGGCGAAAACAUUGAGCAGGUAAAGUCGGAAGAUGUCAAGAUAUUCCAGGCACCGCUUGUAGCCGCCUUCACCGUGCAGCAGGAUCAGCUCGGUGUACCGCGCAACGUUAUCCCACUGCUCCAAACACCGCCCAAGCAGAAAUCUCCCGGUGCGCAAGACUUCAAACCUUCGCCGGUGAUCUUACCGGUAGGUGGAGCCGCUUCCGCAUCCGCCACACCAUCGGUGCCGCUUCUCCAGAUUCAAGCUGCGCCAUCCACGCAACCACUGCUGGCACCGCUAGCACCAUCGUCCCCCAUCAGCCUGAGCACCCGGGCACUGGAGGAGAAGACGCGCCUACUCGAACAGCAGCUUAUUGCGCUGCAGAAUCAGCAGCGCGCCCAGGAACAGCUGUUGAGGGCAAAGAUCCAGCAGGAGCAGGCCAUCAUUCAGCAGCAGCAGCAACAGCUCCAGCAGCAGAAGCAACGUCUCGAGGAGGAGACUCGCUUGCGCAUUCAGCGGUUCGAGCAGGAGCAGCGACUCUUCCGCCAGCAGCAGCAGCAGUUCCAGCAGCAGCAACAGUUCCAACAGCAGCCACCCUCCGUGCAACAGUUGCCACCGUUCAAGCCCCAGCCGCUCCCGCUCCAGCAGCAGCAGGCUCCGCAGCCCACGUUCGUCCAGGAGCUGCCCCGACCGGGACCGGCGGUACAGUUCAUCCCGAGCGUUAGCUUACCGGGCGGCAAACCCAUCCCGAUCUCGGUGGAGCAGCAGCUUCCCUUCAAGGAAGCCGUCGACUUCCAGCCGCAACAGCCGCCACAGCAGCAGCAGCAGGCGUCGCAACAGGGACCCAACCCGUCCACCUCCGUCGAGCAGGUGAAAGCCAUCAGCCAGCCGCCCCAGCUCGCCCGGGAACAGGCGCUGCCGCUCAAACCCUUCCAGCCGUUCAAUCUGUUCCCGGUGUUGCCACCACUGCUGAUCGGGCCGAGCCCGUUCGACCAGCAGCAGCUGCCACCGCUGCAGCAGCGCAAUCGGGUCUUCCGCCAGGAACCGGUCACCGGUAACUUCGGUCUGAACGUUGGCCCACCACAGCAGGCACCGUUCCGACCGUCGCAACCGCUCGCAUUCAAUGGGCAACCGGCCGGUGCGCUCAGCGACAGUCAGAACCUGCAGAAUCUGCUCUUCCAGUCUGGCAUCACGUCCCGCUCGGCGGAAGAUUUCAACAUCAUCACGAAGGUGCUCGCCCUCAACCAUGGCAUCCCGCAGGCAUCCUCCCAGCGCAUGUUCGCCAAGCUGAGCCCCGACCAGCAGCGGCAACUGUUGUUCCGGAAGUGAGCCAGAAACUCCCUUUCCUUCUCCCCUUUCCCCAACCCACCCACCCCUCUUAAUACGAGUUAGCGAGAGCGAUGUAGCUAGGCAGUCUGUGCCCGGGGUGAGAGCACGUGGUGCUCGUAAGUUUGGUUAGCUAACCUCAUCUCUGCCAUAUUUAUUAUUGUCCCAACUGCCGGACAUGGGCCCCAACUCGCAAAUGGGGCCCAAUCCGCAGUUGUAUGCGUGUGCGUGUUUUUGUCUUCAUAUCGUUCAUUUCUUAUCCUCCUUUUAUGUCCUUUUACCACUUUCCCCUGUCGCUAACACUUCCAUUAGCCGAGGUGUGCGGGUCACUAUAAACAAUGGCAAAUCUCACAGAUGUCUAAGCGGCCUCAUCAUCCUCAUCGAGCAACAAAAGUAUUCUCUCUAUCUCACUCUUUUUCCGCUUCCACCAACUCUCUCCCUCUCUUUCUCUUUCUUCUUCGUCAUUCAUUCAUUCGCAAUGUAAGAAUAAUAGUACGUACUGAACGUGUUGGCGUUAAAGCAAAUUGGAGCCACUUUAAGGAUGGUAGCUGAUAAGAUGCUGCAACCCUCCUGUUAUUGUGGUGAAAGUCCACUGCGCGGGUAUGCUUGGGCAUCGGCAGAAUCGCAGU